UGCUCUCAGUAUACUGUGGCCCUGCUAAUCCCGGGAAUAUAGGAGAAUAGAGUGAAAGGGAUGGGCUGGAUUGUCAGGGAGAUGCCAAUGCCAGUCCUGGGUAUGCAUGGGAAGGGGUUAAAUGGCAGUGGCCUUUGAUCCCCCCUCAUUUAGUGUCUGCAGAGGGAGGGAGCUAUAGACUGAAUGAAAGGAGACAGGAGGUGGAAUCAGGUUACACCCCAACUCACACUCCUUUGGCAGGAAGGCACUGAGCUGCUCUCUCCCUCCUCUUCCUCCCAUCCCUCACACUGCACACCUCUGUGUCACCCACCCACACAGACCCACUUUGUAUUAAUCCCACACUGCACCUCUGUUACACACACACACACACACACAUCCUUCUCUGCUACAGGCACUUGGGGGUUCAUAGGCACAUGGCUACAUCGCAUAUACAGACUCACUGCCAUAAUGUUUCACACCUUAGUGCCACAUGUGAACGUGGUGCGGGUACACAAUACACCAUUAUACUGUCAUUGCCAUAGUUACAGUUUUAUUUUGUCAAUUUGACUUCCAUUCCCCUACAGUACAGGAGGUUUAUGGAAAGGUACUGUUUAGUAAAUCUAGUCCAGUAGAUGCCACAUUUAGGGCCAGGCCCUUCACCUGGCCAGAUAAACAUCUCCACCUUGACUUACUGCUCUCCUUCAUUGCUCACACAGCCCCCUCUCGCCACACAGACUGAGGGAGAAGGUCUGCCCCCUCCCACCCACACAGGACUCUGCUUAGGAAGUUAUCCUGUCAGGGGGGCGGGAGAGAGGGGGGGACAAGACAAGAGAGACCUUGGCCAACACAGACAUGUCUACAGCUUUUCCACUCAGGAUGCCCGAGCCUCUCUCUCCUUCUUGUAUAAAAGGUUAAACUGCCAAGGGGCAGUGGAUUCCUUACAUUGGACCACAUGGACAUACUGGGCACCCCUGAGGGUAUGAGGGGAGGUCUGACCUCUGACACAACACACACACAGACAGCACACACUAUGCAGCAGCAGGCAUACUUCACAUUUUCUGAAGCAAAUAUGUAGGCACAUGUGUCAUUAGAACACAGCCAAAUUAUUAUUUUAUUUUAUUCAGCCUGGCCAACCAGAGUAUCACUUAAGAAGACUGAACACUUGUGCCAAUACCCAUUGCACAGUGUUAAACACAUAUACAUAUAUACAUAAAUCUCAGUUAUAAAAUAGAACAUACCUUUUAUAUGGGUGCCUUGGGUGGGAGAUGUUAACCAUACUCUUGUUUGUGCUGUUCUCUCUGCGGGCAUUAAGUGUCCCCUUCAGCCCAGUCAGAAGACAUUUUGGUAUUUGCCCCAACCAGCUUAAUGCCAACUUGUGGGUGGAUGCCCAGAGCACCUGCGAGAGAGAAUGCCAGUCUGACCAGGACUGUGAAGCAUUUGAAAAGUGUUGCACUAAUGUUUGUGGUCAAAAGAGCUGCGUAGCAGCCCGUUACCCCGAUUCAGGACUCCCCGCCUCUAGCUAUCUGCGCCCUGCCAGCUGCAAUGGCUUUAUUUGUGCCCAGCAAGGAUCUGACUGUGAAUUAUGGGAGGGACGACCUGUCUGCCGCUGCCGAGAGCGCUGUGAGAAGCUCCCUGGUUUCACCUGUGCUUCUGACGGACUCACGUAUUAUAACAAAUGUUAUAUGGAUGCAGAGGCUUGUGCCAGGGGCAUCAGCUUGGUGGAGGUGCCAUGUAAGUUUGUGUCAUCCUGGCCUAUCACUAGCCCAGCACCUUCAAUGACCACCCCCCUGCCUACACAGGCUGCAACUCCAAUGGAAAUGCCUGUGCCACCUGCACUGUACCAAUCACCAAUCUCCCAAUCAGUGCCCAUUGGUGGCACUGUGGGGCUUCAGUGUGAAUCUAGUGGACGUCCCCGCCCUGAAAUUCUAUGGGAAAAGCUUGGUGACGGCCCAUCUGCUCCAAUCAUGAGGCCAGAUCAAAUGUAUGGGAAUUUGGUGGUCACCAAUUUAGGUCAGUUAGUUGUAUACAAUGCACGCCCAGAAGAUGCUGGCAUCUAUGUCUGCAUGGUUCGGAACUCUGCUGGAUUUCUCCGAGCCCUUUUCCCACUCUCUGUUCUAGGAAAAAGUACUACCACGGCUCCUAAACAUCACCCGGUGCACCCUUCUGAAUGCCAAAAACUUCCUGAUCGCAGAGAGUGCCAUGGUCCCCAUUCCCUCCAGUGGUACUAUGACUCACAGAGUGGGGAGUGCCAUACUUUUGUACAUAGGGGUUGUCAAGGCAAUGGUAACACAUUCUACACUUAUGAGGAGUGCCGAUCAUCGUGCCAUGCUAGGCCCCCUGACCUCUGCUCUCUUCCUCCUGUAAGAGGUCCUUGCAAGGUACCAGAGUGGCGAUGGGCAUACAGUACUAUGAUGCGCCAAUGCUUUUCCUUUGUUUAUGGAGGCUGCCAGGGCAACUUGAAUAACUUUGAAAGCAAGCAAGCCUGUGAGGACCGUUGCCCUCAACCUCAAGUCAAGCAGUGCCAAGGAUGUCACCCAAGGGGAAAACUGGUACCCAGCUUGUGCCAUAGCGACUUUGUUAUUGUAGGCAAGCUGGAAGAUUCUGGCGAGGAACGAGUACUCAGGGUUGUCCUGGGAGAAGUGCUCAAAGAUGACUACAUGGGUCUACAUUUGUUUCACACCAAAUACUUGGAGGUCACACUUGGUGAAGGAGGGGGAUGCCCUUGUGCUAAUCUUGCAGGAUCAGGGGACGGGCAACUUCUGAUCAUGGGUGACGUGCAGGAUGGCAUGGCCUUGUUAGGGCCAUCUAGCUACAUUCGCCCUGCCAAUGAAAAGAGGCUGAGGAAAGUCAAGGACAUGUUGGAUAAAGGGACAUGUAAACUUCUCAACAGAUUCCAGGACUAAUUUUGGUGCUACUGAAUAAGUAUUGUGCAAAACUGCUCUAAUUGUUUUGUAAGGAGGUCAACAAGGACUUCAGAUAUUUUUAAAGAGGUUUCAUUUUCUGGUCUUCCCAAAAACAUUUACAGGGGCUUUUUUAGCCUCAUGUUUAGUAUCUGUUCCAUUUUUUAUAGCCCUCCUUGACAUGAGCACUUCUGACCUGCUCUGUCCAAAAGCAGGAUAGGAUUUUAUAGUUUUGCCUUGUUAGCCAUGCUGUUUGUUAAUGGACUUUGAUGUAUGCCAAUAUCUCCAGCUGUUGUAAACUUCGACUCCCAGCAGCCCAGAGACACACUAACUGAGAAUGCUGAGAUCUGCAGCUGGAAAUGACUAGGCAGUCAUUAAAUUAAUUAAUUAAUUAUAGAAGCUUUCAAAGAUGCUUGAGAAUGUAUAAAUGACCUUCGUCUAUAUACAGUAUGUUUCUUUGGUAUCUCCAGACUAUGUUAAUUGUCCUGUUUGUUUGGUUGGUCGGUUUGUUUUAGGAAUAAUAGAAAAUUAUACUGGAGGUAUGAGGAAGUACAUUUGCAUUCGCUAAAAGUUAAAGGUAUAGUUUAGUUUACCUUAAAGGAUAACUAACCAUUUAUUUUAAAAUCCACUUAACAUACCGUAUAAUAUGACUUUCUAUAGCAUGCCAAAAUAUAACUUAAAGGUAAACUAUCCCGUUAAAAAAGAGAACAAGUUGAGUUCUAACAGUAAUAUAGGGUGCAUCAAGUGGUGCUUUACUGUAAUAUAGCUAGGGCAAUAGUGAAAA